UUUCGCACUUUUAACGCAGAAUCGCAGUAACUAAAAAUUUAAUAUUUUUCGGAUGAGAUUUUUUCUGUGCAGCGAACAACUGGCGUCGAUACUUCCUUAAAGAUUUUAGAUUUUUAAUAAAAACUUUUAUCAAAUUAUUUAAAAAUAUUAGUAACUGUCGGAGCAUUCAAUAUUAUUUCCUACAAUACUUUACGUGCAACAAUAGUCGAUAGAGCCUAUCUCAAAAGGCUCAUGUAACUAUGUAGUAAAUUGUUUUGUUUUUAAUAAAUUAACCGUGCGUAGAUUUUAUAACACAAUGUUAUAAACACAUGAUAUGACUUUCUUUUCGGCCUUUGAAAGUAUUUGAAAGAAUUGUCUUGCGUGCGCCAUAGUGGAAGUUUUUAAUAGAUGGAAAGGAUGUUUCGGGAUCUAGUGUUUUCAAUUUUUUAAUUUGUCAUGAAUUGUAGUGAAUAUUGCAAUACGUCUAAAACCAGCAAUAAAAUUUCAAAAGAAGAUACUACAACAUCUAAUCACUUGACUUGUCAAGCAACCGCGGAAGGCGGAGUAAAGAAAACGAAUUUUCCAAACACUUUUAUUACCCCACAAAACUGCUUUGAUAUAUUGACCUCUACAUCUAAUAAAGUGUUCACUGCCAGUGCUGAUGGAUCGCAUAUAUUAUUUAAGUCCAUGAAAAACCUCCUGCCGGAAGAUUAUGCAAAAGAAACUUAUUCCGUGGCUGGAAGCAUAAACUCUGAAAAGCCGACAUCAAGUUGUCAGAUAAUAAAAGAAACUUCCGAUUCUUCGAUUUGUUCUUAUUAUUUCAGUGUUCCAUCCAAGAAUACCGAUUUGAAUACUUUGACAAAUUACUCAAAAAAUCUCUGCGAAACAAAAUCAUUCAACGCAGAUCUUGAAAUCGAUAAAAUACUACAAGAAGAUCCAAAUAUUGAUUGUUCCUUUACUAAUAAGCCGUCUUCUACUAUAAGCUCUGCUAGUGCAUUUCACGGGGAAGAGGAUUCACCGAACCCCCAAAAUGAAAAUACGAUAGAUACUUUAUGUGGGAAUAAUUUGCUCGACACAUCAACUUUGCGAACCGACAAAACUCGCAACGUUUUACGCCUCUCUGAUAGAGCCAAAAAGAAGUCUUGGUACAACGUUUUAUAUCCCAACUAUAAAUCACGUUCGCAAGAAUUUAAGAGGCUAUUUAAGGAAAUCCCCGUUAAUGAGCGCCUUAUAGUUGACUAUUCGUGCGCCCUAUACAGGGAUCUACUACUACAAGGUCGGUUGUAUAUAUCCCAGAACUAUGUUUGUUUUCAUGCCAACAUAUUGGGCUGGGAAACAUGUUUGAUAAUUAAAUGGAAAGAAGUUACUUCAAUAACCAAAGAGAAAACUGCUCUAGUCAUCCCCAAUGCCAUCUCAAUUUCUACGCCUACAGAAAGUCAUUUUUUUUCUUCGUUUACUACUCGAGACAAGACAUUUUUGAUACUUUUUCGAGUAUGGCAAAACUCUUUAAUGAAUAAGCCUAUGCUUGCCCAAGAAGUUUGGCAGUUGGUACAUAGUUAUUAUGGCGACGAAUUGGGUCUAACCACAGACGACGAGGACUACGUAGAUCCCAGGCCAACAGAUAACGAUAGUUGCACCAUACUGGAUUUUGUUUCUGCUAUCGAUGAGACACAAUCGUUAAGUAUAGAUAAUCCAGAAACAUCCGACAUUUAUAUCUUUCACGCGUUUAGUAACAAUAGCAACUCAAGUAACUAUAGCAGUAGUAGUGGCGGUGCUAGCUCAAAAUAUCCAUCCAAUAGGGAGAGGAUCAUGAAGUCUAAUGCCAAAGAGCUGACCCUGAACACAGCAAAACCCGAUGAAGGGGUUGCAACGAGUACGCCUAUACCGAGCACUAACGCAACUGGUAAUGGAGUCGAUCAUUAUACUGAUCGUGCUGCUAGUAGCACUCCUGCAAAAGAAGCAAGACACAGUUCUGCCAGCAAUGAAGGAAAGCGUAAAGUAGCAAAAAACAUUCGGAUACGAGAGGAAAAUGCGAUGAAAAAUGUUGAAACAUUGCCAACUGACAUUUCUGACUCAAGUGAUUCGGAGGGAACCAACAUACCAUUUGUUGCUACCACUGAAUGCUCAUCGCUCCACGAAGGACGCCAGUUAGUGCACACCAUUCUACCCAUAAAUAUAGAAACAUUGUUCAAUUUGCUAUUUUCCAAGUCUAAAUUCUUACUAGAUUUUCAUGCUGUACGAAAAUCAAGUGACCUUGUGUUUGGUGAUUGGAUCCGAGAUGAAGAAGGCCAAAGAACGAGGACAGUAAACCUUACAGUGCAAUUGGCUGCAUCCGUUGGUCCCAAGACCUCAAAGGUCACCGAGUACCAAGCGAUGCGAGAAUGUAGUAAGCAAGGCGAGCUUUACUCCAUAGAUGUAAAUAGCGUUAACGCUGGCAUUCCAUACGCAGAUAGUUUUAGUGUAUUAAUCCAUUAUUGCUUAGUAAAAACGGUCGAUGAUCAUACUAUGCUGUCAAUCCAUGCCCAAAUAAAGUACAAAAAAUCAAUUUGGGGUGUUGUUAAAGGUUUCAUAGAAAAGAAUACAUGGGCCGGCCUAGAGGAUUUCUAUGGAUCCCUAUUACAAUCAUUACAAAAUGAGACAUGCAUUCCACCAGCCAAGGGAAAAGGAAGACGACCACGAAGAGGAACUGGUGUCCAGCCAAGGCCUCAGGAAGAUUUACCACCACAACAGGCUAAACCUGAGCCCCUAGAACAUUUCAUUGGUGCACAAACUGUGAACUCACGCAGUAUUGCAGAUAGCUCCACUGUGGUUGUUGAUACCACAAAUAAAUACAGGUGGCUGUCACUGUUUGUACUUGUUCUAUUAUGUUUCCUCAUAAUUGUUAAUGUCAUAUUAUUGCUUAAACUGUGGAAAUUAGAGGAGCGCUUAGAGGAAGAUUUAUUAAAUAGAGCUCGCCUGCCUAAUUUGGCUGCACUAAAAACGUUGCCGAACAACCACGAAGAUUGGAUUGAGCUCAUGCGACAACAAGAGUUGUUGCAUGAAACUGAAAUGAGGAAAUGGCAUACAGUUUUGCAAACAGCGAUUGAGUUACUAAAGAAGACUGAAAAAACCUUGGCCGAACUUAUGUUUCGCUAAACUUUCCAUCUUUAGUAUUUUAAUUUUUUUAUAUAUAUGUAUUUACGCCAAUGUACAUAGUUAAUUGCAAUUGCAGUUUAUUUAUCUUGGACAGAUGGACCAAUUGUGUUAUAUUAUUUUUUGACGAUUACGAUAUAGUAAGAUUAUUUAGCUAAAUUAGGAACUAAGUUGUUAUUUAUUUAUUUGUUUUACCUUUUUUAUUUUUAGUUAUAAAGGGUGAUUUUUUUGAGGUUAGGAUUUUCAUGCAUUAGUAUUUGACAGAUCACGUGGGAUUUCAGACAUGGUGUCAAAGAGAAA